UACUUUUCUUGUCUUCUUUGUGGCCAACGUUUUGCCUGCAAUGUUUUGUUUGGUCGGUGGCGGUAAUAUACCGUCCAUACUAGUCUGAUAUUUGUUUGCCGUUGUACGUUUUUUUCUUAGUGUCUCGAUAUUUGCUGGUUUAGUUUUUUUCAUUGGUCGGAAUACUUUGUCAAUUCUCUCCCUUUUUCAUUGAUUUUUCUGAUUUUCGGGCCAAGUUGCAAGCGUACAUCUGCCCAACCUCGACAUAUGUGUACAACGCUAACUCGUGCAUUUUUCUUCCUCCACGACAGCCAGAAAAUGCGCCAAGAUGCCAUGUGCAACAGGGCGUAUGCGGCUUCACUUCCCGCUAUUCCUGCUAUGCCGCAGCAUCCCCUCGUAGCAGUGGGUUCUCAGCAGCAGCAGCAAAAGCGCGAUAGCAUGGAGCCCAUGGAACCUCGUCUUCCUGCUAGUACUGCUACGUCGCAGCCACUUCCACGCCCCAUGGCGGUAUCCUCGAGAACAGCAGCGCAGAAUGAGUCUGGAAAAGAGAAGGACAAGGAAAAGGCAGCGAGCAAGAAGAAGGCUUUCUUCAAGCGCAUCUGGCAUGGUCUUCGCCGCAAGUAAAAAGGAUACUGUUGUUCUAGACCCAAUUGUCUAGACCCUUCUGUUUAUCCUUAUUCUUACUGCUUCGAUUUCCCUUCCCUUUUGUUGAGUACUGCCCCCUCCCAGGCCGUUCGAGACCCUUUCCCCUCGAGUAUCAAACAACGCGAUACUUGUAUCUUUCUUCCCCGCCCUGCGCCGCCCCCAAAGCAAUAAUCCCUCCCAAGAUUUGGAAUAUUAGCGGAAACUGGUCCUCUUUUCUUCUCUCCAUGUCGUGGAUUUUUUUUUCUCCUCGUGAAAAGGGGGGUCUAGAUGCUCGUCGCU